CGGGCAGGGAGCAUGCGCGAGCCCUACCCACGCCGUCAUUCAUGGCUGUGACUGUCAAUCACCGGGUCCUGGCCGGUGAUUACUGAGCAUCUCCCAGUAAAACACUCUCAGCACACAGUUAACCCUUUGAUCGCUCAUCAUGUUAACCCCUUCCUUCCUAGUGCCAUUAGUACAGUGUCAGUGCUUUUUUUUAGCACCGAUCACUGUCUUGGUGUCACUAGGGGUGUCAGUGACACCAAGUCAGUUCCCCCCAGUGUCAGAAUGCCCGCCGCAGUCGCUGAUCACCGCCAUUACUAGUGAAAAAAAAAAAUCCAGUAUAUAUACACCGCCAUUUGUAAACGCUAUGACUUUCACGGAAACCAAUUAUUUA